GUCAUCUUGCUCGACAAGAAGCCUACCUCCGUCGCUACUACCCCGUCCUGCAUCCUCCGUCUCUCCCCCCGUCGCCGACGCCUCCGCUCCGACCUCCUCCGCAGCCUCCUUCUCAGCUCCGGCCAUGUCGAUCUUUGAGUACAACGGGUCCGCCGUGGUGGCGAUGGUGGGGAAGAACUGCUUCGCGAUCGCCAGCGACCGGCGGCUGGGCGUGCAGCUGCAGACCAUCGCGACCGACUUCCAGAGGGUCUUCAAGAUCCACGACAAGCUCUACAUCGGCCUCUCAGGACUCGGCACUGACGCCCAGACGCUGUACCAGCGGUUGGUGUUCAGGCACAAGCUGUAUCAGCUACGGGAGGAGAGGGAUAUGAAGCCAGAGACCUUCGCCAGCCUCGUAUCCGCGCUCCUCUACGAGAAGAGAUUUGGACCUUACUUCUGCCAGCCAGUUAUUGCUGGACUUGGAGAUGACCACGAGCCAUUUAUUUGUACCAUGGACUGCCUUGGUGCAAAGGAACUGGCCAAGGACUUUGUUGUUUCUGGGACGGCAUCUGAAUCCCUAUAUGGUGCUUGUGAAUCCAUGUACAAGCCAAACAUGGAACCUGAAGAACUCUUCGAGACUAUAUCCCAAGCUCUUUUGUCAUCAGUAGAUCGUGACUGCCUCAGUGGAUGGGGAGGUUAUGUCCUCCUUGUAACACCGACUGAAGUAAAAGAGCAUGUGCUCAAGGGCAGGAUGGACUAAAUUAUGGACGGUAAUUCUUCAGCUGUGUCCCGAUGCUUUGAUGCAUGCUGUUUCUGGUCUGGUCUGCAAGCAACACAUAAUCCAUGUCUUCGGAUUCUGAAGUAACUUUGUAUCACCACAGUUGUUGCUGUAUUACUUGUAGAAGGAACAUUUGCGAAAUUCGUUUUCUUCACCUCACUAAACUUUUUCGCCGAGGCGUUUUGAGUGUGCCGUGCAUAGCGUGUUUCACCUUAAUGGUGAAAUACUGACUGAUAUGGAUGAUGGAUGUAGGAGAAUAUACUCUUGGCCAACAUAUGCUCAAGGCCUUUGAGAUGUUAAUCGAACUAAGCGCGGCGGUGCGGCGCAGGUCACCAGACA